AUGGAGGGCCUCGAGGCGACGCCUUGCAGCAGCAGCAGCAGCAGCAGCAGCGGAAGCAGCAGCCGCAGGCGCAGCUUCCUGCUGCCUGCAGCAACUCCAGGGCCCCUCCUGAUGCUUCGGGGGGCCCCGGGGGCCCCCAGGGGCCCCCGCGUGGUCAUGGGGGCCCCCAGGGCACUCCUGACAAGACCCGCAUUAAGCAGCAAAGGGCCUCUGUGGAGGCCCUGGGGGGCCCCGGAGGCCCCCCUAGUAACGGCAGUACCCUUGGGGGCCCUCCUAGUGAUAUCAGUGCCCAUGGGGGCCCCUCUAGUGAUAGCAGUUCCCUUGGGGACCCCCUUCAGGGGCCCACGGGGCCCCCUGAGGGGCCUUCGGGUGCCUCAAGCGACUCCGCCGCAGGGGCCCCCCUGGGGGCCCCCUCGGGGGCCCCUCUGA